UCAAAAGAGCUCUCAAAAGAUACCUGGUACCGGUACCCACCAGAACUGGCAUGGAAUUCAAUCCAAAGAACGAUCCUUCUUGGCUUCUUUUGUGAUCCCAGCGAGCUUCUCGAAGCUGCCAAGCUCCUGCCAGCAAAUCUCCCACACUUCCAAGUUUCCACUUUCCUUUCUUUCUACCAUACCGGUAUCUCAUCUGUCGUCCCAUUAUCUAUAGAUAUCAUCAUUAGCAACAUCAUGACAACAGAAGAAGAAGACUCCAAGAAACAAGUGACCAUGAAGGAAGAGGAGGUGAAGGAAGAGAAGGAGGAGGACAAGACAGAUCCUACCAACACAAAACGCCAGAAACGUCCCUUGGCGAAAUCCUUGUCGUAUCAAUCUCCCUUGGUGGGUGAAAUCAGUUUGGGCCGAUCGUGGGAACGUCGCUGGCAGACGUUGUGCAUGUUUUCCUGCAGUUUGGCAUUUAUCAUGCCGAGUGUCGCCGUGACGUGGUUUUGGGUGCUCGUGGCCUUGGGCAAUGCAUGGUUCGACCGAAACAAUCCCAUUAGUCUGGGAAUUGCUACAGCCAUGGCCGUCUAUUUGGGAUUCAGUUUUGUAGUGGACACGUCUCCCACCACUGGAUCUCGCACUCCCUAUUUGCGGCAGUUACGGUGGUGGUGGAAUCAUUCUUGCGAUUAUUUGCCACUUUUGCUCGUCAAAACGGCCGAAUUGCCCACCAACGACAACCAAAGUUAUGUCUUGGGAUAUCAUCCCCACGGAAUCAUUUCGGUGGGAUGUUUUGGAGCAUUUGCAACCGAUGGAGCACGGACAAUGGAUUUGACGGGAUCAUCUACGGAUGAAAAUGACAAUGACACAAAGGACGACAAUCCAGAUAAUUCGGAAGCUCUCCGACGAGGAUUUUCCUCGCUCUUUCCCGGUCUCGAUCGACGCGUCAUUACCCUGCCGCAAAAUUUCACCACACCGUUUAUGCGAGAAUAUUUCCUUCACAUGGGAGCGUUGACAUCCGACAAACAAACGUUUCGAAACGUCCUCGUCAAACCCAACACGGCUCUGAUUGUCGUCGUCGGAGGCGCCGCCGAAAGUUUGGAAACCCACGAGGGAUGCAUGGAACUCGUCUUGGAACGACGACGAGGUUUUGUCCGGGAAGCAAUCAUGGCCAAUGCCAGUUUGGUGCCCGUGAUUGGAUUUGGAGAAAACGAUCUCUAUCAUAUGCUGGACACGCACGGUCGUAGUUGGAUUUCCAACUUGCAAACCGCCGUCAAGACGUACGUGGGAUUUGCCAUGCCCAUUUUUGCCGGACGGAGUAUGCUGUUGAAAGAUUUCGGUAUGAUGCCCCAACGCAAACCCGUCGUGGUCGUUGUGGGAGCUCCCAUUCCACCGCCUUCCAAGACGCAAAAAUUUGAUCCCCAAAUUGAUCGCAAAACCGACCAACCACUCAACGAGCACGGGAAAAUCCUACAGGACCAUCAUGCCAAGUACAUUGCCGCAUUGGAAGACUUGCACGAAACCUACAAAAAUGCCAAAUGGAACAAUCCGGGACGAUCCAGACGGAGUUCCCUCAAAAUUGUCAAGUAGGACGUCGUCGAUCGUGGUGGCAAAUACUCAAAAAAGGGAAUGGAAAAACGAAGGAAAACAAUAAUGGAGUCUCCCUCCUUGUCACAGCAAUAAUCAAGCAGACAGUCUAAGAUGAGAAUCUUUUGGUACAUGUU